AUGCCUACUUCAACUACAUCAUCAUCCUUGUCUCUUCUUCUUCCUCUUCUUUUUCUUCUUCUCUCUCCUYCUUCCACCGCCCAUCUUCUGAGGACUUGUAUGUUCGAUGCAAUAUACCAACUCGGGGACUCAAUCUCCGACACUGGAAAUCUCAUCCGUGAAAAUCCUAAUACUACCUUCUCUCGCCUUCCCUAUGGUGAAACCUUCUUCCAUGGAGCCACUGGCCGCUGCUCYAACGGCUURCUCAUGCUCGAUUACUUCGCUUUGGAURCGGGACUUCCGUUGGUGAAUCCUUAUCUUAACAAARAUGCUUUGAAGAAUCGUGGAGUGAAUUUUGCAGUGGCUGGUUCUACCGCUUUGUCUUCCGAGACUCUUUUCCGCAAUAAAAUCUUUUCUCCAGUUACCAAUUCUUCUCUCGAUCGUCAGCUUGKUUGGAUGCACUCUCAUUUUGAAUCUAUUUGUCUAAAUGAAAGAGAUUGCAUUGAGAAGUUACGGAGUGCUUUGUUCUUGGUGGGCGAGAUUGGCGGGAAUGAUUAUAAUUAUGCACUGUUUCAAGGUAAAACUAUUCAAGAGGUGAAAGAUAUGGUGCCGGAUGUUGUUCAAACCAUAAAGAAUGC